UGUCCCACCUCUAUGUAUGUGUAAAGGAACCAAUCACCCUUAGUCAACUAUUCAUUGUAUAUCCUUUAACCCCUCAAAAUAAAUUAAUUACUGUUGUGUUGUUAUAUCAAAAUGAGCUUUUGGAGGAAGCCUGGGUAAGACACAAAGCAAACUCCCCUCCAGUGUUAGAGUAACAGACUGACAGAACUCAGAAUGAAUUAACGAGAGCAUUCAAGUUCCAGCCUCAAUGAUCUUUCAGGGUCCAGGCUAGAGGCUAGACAGCAGGCGGGUAGGGGUUUUCUAAAAACAGUCUGAGAAUGAGAGGGAAGUAAACUGGCUCACACAGGCACACAUUCCUCUCAUGACUCUAUUCUUCAAGAAAAUAUUCUUCCCAAAAGUUCUCUUUCAAAAGCUUCUUUAAGAUUUCUCUAAAUCUCUCUCCUCAAAAGUUCUUUCUCUAAAAGUUCUCCUAAAGUUCUCUUCCAAAAGUUCUUAAACAUUCUCCAAGAGUUCUUUCUAAAAAUUCUCUAAAACUUCUCCAGAGGUUUCUCCAAAAAAGUCUCCAAAAGUUCCUUCUUCUAAAAGUUCUCCUGAGGUCCCUCUAAAAAGUCUCUAAAAGUGCCUUCUCAUCCCACAAGAUUUCUAGUUUUUAUACCCACAGGCACAUUUAACAACUCUCUGACAUGCAUAUCUCUCAGAGCCAGGAAGGCAGGUAGGCUCUUGAGAAAAGCAGGUGCCUCAGUUUCUUCCCUGGAUGUGACUUGCAAAACUGGCCUGGCAAAAGUAAGUCUUAGUGGGAACCUGACUUGCUGUUAACUCAUUAAAGGGGACUUCUCAGCACUCACUAUAUCAAAGGGAAAAACUAAGAUUAUGUAGUGUGAGAUCCAGAAACUGCAGCUCUUAACUGCUGAUGCCUUGGUAAGAGAAGGAAUUCCUUUCUCUGGGGCCUAUUUGAGAAUAUAAAGCACGAAGUACAUAUUUUAUAUACAGCCAAACUCAUAGUAACAAAUAUUCUGGAGUUGAUACCUAGAAUAUUAAUUGCUAUUUCUGUAAUAAAUGAUAAAGGCUCCCAAGGGAAUUUAUUGGAAUGACUUACUGCAGUCCAAAUAUCCAAAGAUGGAUGCCUGUGAAUGGAAAGUCCAAGAGUCUAGUAGCUGCUCAGUCCACAAGGCUGGAAUGUCUCAACUAAUCUUAAAUAUAAGCUGGAAGACUGAAGAAGUAGGCUUGAAUGACAGUGAAGGAAUGGAUGUUCUAUCAAGGUUUUGGUGAAGAUAUUCCUGAAGAAUUGUUCAAGGUUCCCACUGCAAAAAUGGCCAAGCUGACAGCCACUCCUCUCAGUGCACUUGUUGAUGAGCCUGUGCACAUCCAAGUCGCAGGCCUGAUGCCCUUUGAGGUGGUGUGCCUUCAGGCAUCACUGAAAGAUGAGAAGGGGAAUAUGUUUGGUUCUAAGGCCUACUACAGGGCUAAUGAAGUGGGGGAGGUGGAUCUGGAGCGUGAUUCCUCAGUUGGAGGAGACUAUAUGGGUGUCCACCCCAUGGGCCUUUUCUGGUCCUUGAAACCAGAAAAGCUGUUGAGUCGACUGGCAAAGAAAGAUGUGACUAGCCCCUACCAAGUCCACAUAGAACUUUGCAAGCCACACUUUCCAGUAAAAGGUAUAGUUGUCAGUCCACCAAUGGAUAGCCUGACUUUGGAAAGAUGGUAUGUGGCACCUGAUGUCACAAGGAUCCAGGUAAAGGAGGGCCGCCUCCGGGGAGCCCUCUUUCUGCCUCCAGGAGAAGGUCCUUUCCCAGGGGUCAUUGACUUGUUUGGGAGCACUGGUGGACUGAUUGAAUUCCGGGCCAGUCUUCUGGCCAGUCAUGGCUUUGCAGCCUUCGCUCUGGCUUACUGGGCCUAUGAUGACCUGCCUUCUUAUCUGGAGAAGAUAGAUCUAGAGUAUUUUGAAGAAGGUAUAAAGUUUCUCCUGAGACAUCCUAAGGUCUUGGGCCCAGGUGUUGGCAUCAUUUCUGUAUGCAAAGGAGCAGAAAUUGGACUGUCUAUGGCUAUUAACCUAAAACAAAUUAAAGCUACUGUACUUAUCAAUGGGCCUAAUUUUGUUACCAGUGAUCCACAUGUAUAUCAUGGUCAGGUCAACCUGCCCGUCCCAUGCAACGUAGAAUUUGUAACCACCAAUGCCUUAGGACUUGUAGAGUUUUAUCGAGCCUUUGAGGAAACUGCAGAUAAGGAUAGCAAAUAUUGUUUUCCCAUUGAAAAAGCUCAGGGACAUUUUCUUUUCGUGGUGGGAGAAGAUGAUAAGAAUCUCAACAGCAAAGUACAUGCUCAUCAAGCCACAGCACAGCUGAUAAAAAGUGGGAAGAAGAAUUGGACUCUGCUGUCUUACCCUGGGGCAGGUCACCUGAUUGAACCUCCCUAUGCCCCAUUGUGCUCUGCCUCAAGGAUCCCCUAUGUGAUCCCAAGCAUCAGCUGGGGGGGAGACGUUAUUCUACAUGCAGCCGCACAGGAGCAUUCUUGGAAGGAGAUACAGAAAUUCCUCAAGAAACAUCUCAUCCUAGAUAAGACCAGCCAGCUCUGAGUGGACUUAAUGGUAUUACUGGGAAGUAGAGCUGUUCAUCUCCUGACCAGCACUACAUCUCACUUUCCAAGAGGGAUGUCUCUGACCGCUCACUGGAUGAUGAAGGAAGCUACCACAAGAAAAUGCAGGUGGGCUGAGAGUGAUAGUAUCUUGACUCUGGAAGGGGAAAAAUGUUUCCCAUGUAAUGAAAUGUCAGGAAGGGAGAACCCCAUAUCUGUGUAGAUAAAAUCCUAGGCCUACCUUUCCUAAAGUUGUCAUCAUCAUGACAAUCUCAUGUAAUCAUAAUUAUCAAGGAAUUAUUAUUCAUGCUAAACCACAGGAUACUCUGCUUUGUAAAAAAAACACAAAAAGAAUUAUAUAUUGGCGAUUUUACUAAUUUCUUAAAACUCACAUUAAAUAUGCUUACAUCAUUCUAUUGUCACUGGAAACCUAGACGGGUAUUUUUAAGGCAUUGUGAAUGCUUAUAUGUAUACAGGAGCAUUGAAUCGGUUUUUAAAAAAUUAGCAAAUGUUAAUAAAUAACUUUUGUCUCUAAAUGUUUACAGCAUUUUCUGUAAUAAGAAGGGAGCGAUCUGAUUGAGAUCUACAGAAGUGCAGCCAAGAGAAGCAAGCAUGAUGAUGAGGACUGUGGCCCUAUAGGUUAGGGGUUAGCAGUUUUGUUUUGUUUUGUUUCUGUAAAGUACUAUACCAUGAAAUUUCCACUUUGUCAUCUAUAAGUCUUCUGUCAGUAUGCCUCAGUCUGCUAUGAUAAUAAGGGAAGUAUGUAGUGAAGAUGGUGUUUGAAUUCCAUUUAAACUUUUAAUUCUGUAUACUGCAAUUUACAUUUAAUAAUUUUGUGUUGAAAAUAGUAAUGUUAUUUAAAACUUGGCAAGCAUUUGCAAAUCACUGUUAAUCCAUGAGCAGAACAGAAAUAAGCUGCAGGCUCACAGGGCGUAAUUUCUAGAGCAUUCCAAAUGACCGCUAGGCUUCUCUAAAGUAAAAAUGGCACAAAUAUCCCUGAGCUACUAAAGUGCACUGGGUAGAAGUGGUAGGUAACUGGUGGUUAAUAGGGUGAAGAUAAAUGUGUGCAAAUACACUUCAGAUCAUCUUUGAAGCAUGAUGGGAAACCAGUGAAGAAUGAACAUAGUAGCAACAUAAGGAUACUUCUGUCUCUGCCUGAACUCCUUUACUUCUGUCUGCUUUGUGAUGCUUUCUCCUGCUUAGAUAAAACAAAACAAACAAAUGCAAACUUAUCUGUUUGGGGUGGAACAAAUUGUCCCUCCUAUCUCACUUUUCUCACUUGUGGUCAAUCAGAAUACCUUAACUUGAUUAUGAUAAUCACACAAUUGCAAUGACAGAUACUUCCAGCAUCGUGUUAUAUAAUACUUUCAAUGGCAGAUAUUAAUUUUCUUACUCCCAGUUUGGGUAUAUAGGAAGAAAGUCUCUGCUUAUAAUGCAUAACAUUGGCAUUUGUUCUGGUGCAUAUGCCACUAAAUUAUAUUCUAAGGGAUUAAUCUUAAAUAAAAUAUAAUUAAUUUCCUCCUUUCAGAAUCACUAGAAUGUAAUACAGUAAACUCUUGGAUAAUAAGAUAUUGUUCCCAAUAGUAUGACUUGUACAUUUUUAUUUUUAUUGUGUUAGUCAUAUUGUUUUUUUUUUCAGUGUGACAGAAUAACUCAAACAAACAAUAAAGAACAGAUU